GCCUGACGUCAAGGGCUUGUGCAUUCGUAAAAUAAAGGCUUGGGAGAGAGGAAGAGAGAGAGAGAGAGAGAGGUUCGGAUCCAGAUCCAGAUCCAGAUCCAGAGUCAGGUCUCACUAGUCUGGUUGUCCUACCAAAGUUGUGUGUGUGUGGUGUGUGGUGUGUGUGUGUGUGAGAGGAUCAGAAGACAAUAUACACUCCUUGCCCUUUGUAAGAGCUCAGAUCACCAAGUCUUCAACAUGUCGAGCAAAAGAUCAAAGGGGAAGACAACCAAGAAACGCCCUCAGCGUGCGACUUCCAAUGUAUUCGCUAUGUUUGAUCAGUCUCAGAUCCAGGAGUUCAAAGAGGCUUUCAACAUGAUCGACCAAAACCGGGAUGGCUUCAUUGAUAAGGAGGAUCUCCAUGAUAUGCUGGCUUCCCUGGGAAAGAAUCCAACAGAUGAGUACCUGGAGGGAAUGAUGAAUGAAGCUCCUGGCCCCAUUAACUUCACCAUGUUCCUCACUAUGUUUGGUGAGAAACUGAAUGGCACCGAUCCAGAAGAUGUCAUUCGGAAUGCGUUUGCCUGCUUUGAUGAAGAAGGAACAGGUUUCAUUCACGAAGAUCACCUACGAGAGUUGUUGACCACGAUGGGGGACCGAUUCACAGACGAGGAAGUGGAUGAACUUUUUCGAGAGGCACCGAUUGACAAGAAGAGCAAUUUCAAUUAUGUGGAGUUCACCCGCAUUCUGAAACACGGUGCCAAGGAUAAGGAUGAUUAAUUAAAAAAAAUUCUGCUGUAAUCUGCUUCAAAACUCACCUAGGUUUCAAAAUCUUUCUACAAAGCACAUCUGUCACCGUUGAUGUACCUGUCUUAAUGCAUCUUCUGUAAGCAGCAACCUCCCUUCAGUUUGAGGUUUUAACUGGGCAAAGGGCAGUAUCCCUUGUUUUGUGAAUACUGGGGAUAUGGAUAUAAUCAAAGUAAUGUGGAACGCAUGUAAUCAAAGCCAAGCGAGAGAAAGGGUGGGAUCACAAGUUAAUCUCUUCCAUAUUAAAGUCGAAACUGACCGCUCACAAUAAACAUCGUUAAUGGACUCCUGCCGCAUAUUGGUAUCACAAAGGACUAUAAUGAAUGUUUUAAAGAGGAAACAAACGCAUGAGGAUAGCAGAAUCUUGUAUUUAGGCUUGUAUGUAACUUUAUACUUUUUCUGUGUAUUGUACUAAAUGGCUUAAUAAAUGGUCCAUUACACAA